CACACGCAGAGUGAAAGUCGACAGACACUGACGCAAAGUGGGAACCGAUGUGAUAAGGACAGAAGCACGGGACAGGAGGGAUACAGGCAACAUCAGGUGACCAGAGUGACUAAAGGCUUCGGGAAAAAGAGAGAAAGGGAGAGGCAGGGAGUAAAAGCUGAGAGGGGAGAGUGUGGGGAGAGAGUGAAAGUGAGAGUGAGAGAGAGAGAGAGGGAGGAAGCCAGCAGCGACCUCCUACCCAACAACCUCGGAAGCAAACUCAUAAAAUGAAUUCAGACUCCAGCCCAAGCAGCAGAGCCUCAUCCCCGGACAUGGACGGCAUGUUUCUCCGUGACCACCACCCGCAUCACCACCACCAUCAUCACCACAUUGGCUCCUCCGUGUCCUCCUCCACGCAGAGCGGCGAGCAGCAGCGCCAGAAGAUGAGCGGGGGCGAGCACCUGCGCUCAGGAGAAGCAAAGUCCGCGUCUGUGGGAAGCAGCAGCAGUAGCAGCAGCAGCAGCAGCAGCAGCAACAAGUAUAAACUGAAGAAGCAAGUCACCGAGGAGGAAAUGUACCAGCUCCGUCUCAAGAUCAACGGCCGGGAGAGGAAGCGCAUGCACGACCUCAACCUGGCCAUGGACGGCCUACGCGAGGUGAUGCCCUACGCGCACGGGCCCUCAGUGCGGAAGUUGUCCAAGAUCGCCACGCUGCUUCUGGCCAGGAACUACAUCCUGAUGCUCACCAGCUCCCUGGACGAGAUGAAGCGGCUGGUAGGGGAGAUAUACGGAGGGCAGCACUCAGCCUUCCACUGCGGCACGGUGGCGCACGGCCCCGGCGGACACUCCGGAGGUCCCGCCGCUGCCGCCGCUGCAGCAGCCGCUGCCGCUCACCAGGUGCACCCUCUUCUCGGGAGCGCGCUGUCUUCUUCCACGUCCUCCACUCUGUCCAGCGCGCUGCCGGGGCUCACGUCCAUCAGAGCACCCCAUUCCCUGAUGAAGGGCGCUCCAACUGCGCCCUCGGCCCUGCAGCUGGGCUCCGGUUUCCAACACUGGGCUGGGCUGCCGUGUCCCUGCACCAUCUGCCAGGUGCCUCCGCCUCCUCCACACAUCCCCAUCACCUCCACCGGCCUCACGAGACUCUCAGGGGAGGGGAAAGACGGGAUGAAAUGAUGCCCGUGUGUCUGAUGAGCAGCAGAGACUGAGAGAUGUAAUGAUGUUUGUAAAUAGAUAAUUCAGGGCAUGAGGGGGAAUUUGGCCUCACUGGUGCAUGUCGUUGUUUAGUCUGUUUUCUUGUUUGACGUAUAACAGAAAAGCCUUUUUCCUCCUUGUAACAAGGACUUGGACUAUAUAUAUAUAAAGACUACUGAUUUUUGCCAGUUGAUGGUUAAAAAAAAAAGGAAAGAAAAUACACACCGCGCUCCUCCUGUGUUUAACUGAGUCUUCGUUGCACAUGACAUUGUGAAGGGUGAAGGAGGCAGCAUGAACAUUUUAAUUCUGCUUCUUUCUUUUUCUUUUCUUUUUUUUAAAAACAUUUUUUAAAUAUAUCAAGCGUCAUUUUGUGAAAACGAAGAAUGCUCUGUGCCUUGUACCAAGGAUUUUAAACUUGAGUUCUAUGUAAAAAAUAAAUAACAACAUGUUUGUGUUUGGCUAAAACGAUUGUGCCACCACGGAAAUUUGUUUUAAAUUUUUUUAAGAUUUAUUUUAAUCGUGUGGCUCACUGUGUGUCGAUUUGUGCCCUGAUUUCUAUUGAUUUCUAUUUUGAUUUUAACUUCUGUUUUUUUUUUUUGCAUGAUGGUGUAAUUAUCACAGCAUGAUUGUUUUUGCUGAAAUGAAUUUGUUAUGCCCAGAGACCCCGUGUCUUUAUUUUUGUACAUUGUUGAUGACUGAUGAAAUAUUUAUUAUCGCCCAG